UAAAAAAUGGCCAUAGCCUUCGGUCGAUUCGAUGACUCUUUCAGUUUAGGGUCUCUCAAGGCCUAUCUUGCUGAGUUCAUCUCAACCUUGCUCUUUGUUUUUGCUGGUGUUGGCUCUGCUAUUGCUUACAAUAAGUUGACAGGAAAUGCUGCCCUUGAUCCAGCGGGGCUCGUAGCGAUCGCAGUUUGCCAUGGUUUCGCUCUAUUUGUUGCAGUCUCUGUGGGUGCUAACAUCUCUGGUGGCCAUGUUAACCCUGCUGUCACAUUUGGUUUGGCUCUUGGUGGCCAAAUUACAAUCCUUACUGGUAUCUUCUAUUGGAUCGCUCAGCUUCUCGGCUCCAUCGUCGCUUGCUUCCUCCUCAAAUUUGUCACCGGUGGCUUGGCUAUUCCUACGCACAGUUUAUCCGCAGGGGUAGGAGCAGUCGAAGGGGUAGUGAUGGAGAUAGUUAUUACAUUUGCUUUGGUUUAUACAGUCUAUGCAACAGCAGCUGACCCCAAGAAGGGCUCAUUGGGCACAAUUGCACCAUUGGCAAUUGGUCUCAUUGUGGGUGCCAACAUCUUGGCUGCAGGCCCAUUCUCAGGUGGAUCCAUGAACCCGGCCCGAUCAUUCGGGCCGGCUGUUGCCACCGGUGACUUCCAUGACAACUGGAUCUAUUGGGUUGGGCCUCUCAUUGGUGGUGGUUUGGCUGGGCUUAUCUAUGGAAACGUAUACAUGUCAUCUGAUCAUGAACCACUAGCCAGUGACUUCUAAAGCUGGUUUUUAUUGUUCUCAUCCAUUUUUAUCUGUCAUAAAAGAAAGAAAAAAAGCACUUCUGGCUCUUCUUUCUUUUCUCUAUUCCUUUGUGUUUCCAUGGAUGGUUUUCUUAGUUGUUUUUCUUAAAAUUAUCUUGUUGCUAUAAAGCUUUUGUGUUGGUGGUGGUCGAUUUUCCCUUUUAUGUUGAAAAGAUUGACAA